UACCUACUCUUUGAUACAAGUGACCCUAGAAAGCUUGGUGAGGUAGCUCAUGUAUCAAAUGUGUUUGAGACAACAGACGAUGAUAUAUCCUGUUUCACAUUCUGGUUUCACAUGUUUGGAAAUGAUGUUAGCGAACUUGAACUAAUCAGGGCACCAAGAAAAACGGGUAUUGUAGAAUUUGUUUGGAGAUUGAGAGGACAACAAAGUACGGACCGAACAAACUGGAUUCAAGGUCAGAUUCCAUUCAAAGGGAGUAAUUUGCUUGCAUUUACUGGGACGGUUGGGCCUGGUAUAUAUGGUGACAUUGCUUUGGAUGAUUUUCUGUUUGUUCCUGGAGACUGUAUGGUACUACCGAGAGAAGCUGAUUUACUUCCACCUAAGACUACAGGACUUCCACCUACCACACCCACUCCAGCUCCUAACCCAUACAGCUGUGAUUUUGAAGUGAAUUUCUGUACCUACAUACAGUCUUUGGAUGAUGGUAUGGACUGGACUAGACAAAAGGGUAGAACUAGUUCAUAUGAUACCGGUCCAUCACAGGAUCACACUACCGGUGAAGGAGCAUAUAUCUACACAGAGGCUACUGGCAAAGCACCAGGGACUAUAGCUCAUCUAGAGUCAUCUUUCAUCCCUGCCUCAUCAAUGCCUACAGUGUGUGUUGAUUUUUGGUAUCAUAUGUAUGGUUCUAAUAUGGGUACACUCAAUAUCAAGCCAAAGAUUGGUGACGACUUGAAGGGCGCCCUCUGGACCCGAUCAGGGGAUCAUUCUGACAGAUGGUUACAUGGACAAGCUAAUUAUCAGUCAUCCCAAGAUUUUCAGAUUGUGUUUGAAGGUGUUCUUGGUGUGGAUCAUUACAGUGACAUGGCUUUAGAUGAUGUCACAAUAUAUUCUGGAAGCUGUCAAGGAGUACAUGAGUGUACGUUUGAGUAUGAAGAUCUGUGUAGUUAUGUGCAGCUGGAUUCAGACAACUUUGAUUGGUCUUGGGGAAGUGGCUCUACUCAAACUCCCUACACUGGACCUGCCGUGGAUGUUACUACAGGGACAUUGACAGGUCAUUAUUUAUACAUUGAUGCAAGUGAGCAAACAUCAGGAGACAUUGCUAGAAUAAUGACACCAGAUCUUGACCCUUCUGAUGGUAAAACUGAGCUUUGUUGGAGCUUCUAUUAUCACAUGUUUGGAGAUAACAUCGGUCAACUUAAUAUAUAUAUUGAUGGUGAUGACACCCCUAUUUGGAGUCUUGGUGGUACAAACCUGGGAGAUGUCUGGUUCUAUGACGUUUUUAAUAUCACAAAAUUUGUGACUUACAAGUUGAUCUUUGAAGGGGUCGUAGGUCAAGGGUCAGCCGGUGAUAUUGCCAUUGAUGAGAUUGACUAUAAAAGAGGAUCUUGUGAACCAAGAGGUGCUUGUGAUUUUGAGAAUGGAAUGUGUGCUUGGCAGAACAUUCCAGGAGAUAAUUUUGAUUGGUUGAGGAAUCAGGGUUCUACUACAGACUCAGGAACAGGACCAAAUGUUGAUCAUACCACAAAUACUGUGGAUGGUUUCUACGUCUACACGGAGUCCAGCUUUCCCCAAGGUUCAGGAGAUGAGGCCUUUCUCUUCCUUGGUGUCCCUGAUCUGACCGGUCUCCACUGCCUUCAAUUCUGGUAUCACAUGCUGGGUAAUGGUAUGGGGGAACUCUUGGUGUAUACAUCCAACUCUUCUAUACUGGUAGCCACUGGGGAUGAUCUAUGGCGCAUGGUUGGUAGUCAGUCCCCUUCAUCCUAUGAGUGGCUGUAUGGGCAGGUUACAAUUGACUUUGACUAUGCCAGUCAGAUUUAUUUUGUUGGCAUCGUUGGCUCAAGUAAAUCAGACAUGGCUUUAGAUGAUAUCUUCAUUGACAGUGGUGGUUGUGAAAUUCAACCGCCUGGAGCCGAUCCAUCAGUAGGUCUCCAACCCUUGUCAUGUGACUUUGAUGAUAAUAGUCUAUGUAGUUGGACUCAAGACCGUACUGAUGAUUUCAAUUGGAUACUGAAUAAAGGCGAGACUAGUUCAUCCACUACAGGACCUGAUACUGAUUACUCUGGAACAGGUUAUUAUAUCUACCUAGAAGCUACCGGCCAAACAGAAGGUCAAGUGACCAGACUCCAAUCACCAACAAUGGUACCCUCGGGUGAAGGUACCUUCUGUCUUCAGUUCUACUAUCACAUGUAUGGUAGUGGUAUGGGAACACUCAAUGUAAUAUUGGCUGGAGAAGGGGGGUCUAAAGAGACAUUCUUCUCAAAAGGAGGCACAGACAUGGGGAACGUAUGGAAUGAAGCCUUUGUCAACGUUGUAUCCAACGAUGUUGAGUUCCAGUUGGUCUUUGAAGGUGUACGUGGGUCAUCUGAUGCUGGGGAUUUAGCUGUUGAUGUAAUCACCAUUACUGAUGGCUUAUGCCCACCAACAAGAACCUGUGAUUUUGAGCUUGGGUUCUGUGGAUGGUUACAAGAGCCCUCCACGGAUGAUUUUGAUUGGUCACGUGAUGCAGGUGUUGAUGUUCCCCAUGGCAACGAUAAAUUCAUCGAUCAUACUACAGGAACAGAUACAGGUCAUUUCAUCUAUGCUGAUCAGUCCCUUGGUAUAGCAGGACAGAGGGCGCUACUCUACAGCGGUGCCUUGGAUGCCACACCUGUUGGUGACUGUAUGGCAUUCUGGUAUCACUUAGCCAGUACAGAUAGGACAGUAGGAUCUAUUAAGGUAUGGGAAUUGAUUAAUGGAGAACUGGUUGGUCCUUACUGGGAGUCUGGAACGGGUGUUCAGCCUAGCUUCUGGAUGCAAGCCAAGGUCAAUGUCAAAGCAAGCACCACUUUCGAGAUUGUUCUUGAAGCCCAGCUUAGUGAUAGUACCAAUCAGUGGUUAGCUGUUGAUGAUGUCAUAAUUGAUAGCGAACCAUGCCAGCACCCAGGUCUGUGUGAUUUUGAGGAGAAUGAUUACUGUUAUUGGUCUAAUACAAAGAAAGGAGACAAGUAUGAUUGGGAAUUGAAUCGUGGAACUACUGGUAGUCAAGACACAGGACCUAGUAAGGACCAUACCACUGGCACAGAAAAUGGUCACUAUGUAUAUGUAGAUGCUACUGAUUUCGGACAAGCUGAUGACAAUGCCAGGCUUGAAAGUGCAACUCUUCCGGCUGAAGAUUCAUGCUUUAGAUUCUGGUAUCACAUGUAUGGAAAAGGAAUGGGAUCUUUGAAUGUCUACAGCAGAGAUCAGCUUAACCAACUAAUGGUGUUAGAAUGGUCUGAGAGUGGUAACCAUGGUGAUCGAUGGUUGGAAGGCGUGGUCUCUUUGUCGAGUAUGAACUCAUUUAAUAUCAUCAUGGAAGCAACCUUUGGUGGUAAUUAUACCGGAGAUGCUGCAUUAGAUGAUACUUUCAUCACACAGACUGGCCUGUGCAAUGAUACUGGUGUCAUUGGGUGUGGCUUUGAGGAUGAUAUAUGUGGAUACACUCAAGAAGAGGAUGAUGAUUUUGAUUGGACGAGACACAAGGGACACACAGGAACUUCAGACACUGGUCCUCCGUUUGAUCAUACGACAGGAACAGUGGAUGGUUAUUAUAUGUACAUAGAAACUUCUGGUGAAAGUGACUUAAGCAAAGCUCGUCUCUCAACCCCGAUGGUUAAACCUGCCGCUAGUCAAUGUGUAUUAUUCUGGUAUCAUAUGUACGGCCUAUCAGUAGAUACACUCAAUGUUUAUACCCGUCGCAAUGAUGGGCAAUCCCAACUAAGACCAGUCUGGACAAUGCAUCAACAGCAGUCUUUCGAUUGGCUACUAGGGUCUAUACAGCUUCAUGAACCUAUUGAAUAUCAGGUGGUCUUUGAAGGAGUAGUUGGACAGCUUUAUUUUGGUGAUAUUGCUCUUGAUGAUAUCAGUAUGUAUGAUGGUCAAUGUCCAGCUACUUCAAUCUGUGAGUUUGAAACACCAAGUAUAUGUGGUUACCGUAACGACAAAUCCGAUGAUUUUGAUUGGAUAAGAUGGUCUGGCUCCACGCCCACAGAUAAUACUGGACCUCGAUAUGAUAUGACACCUAACGCACAGAAUGGUCACUACAUGUAUAUUGAAGCUGACCCUCCUCAAAAGGAAGGUGAUAUGGCUCUUCUGAUUGGUCCACAUAUGUCACAUGACACAGAUACCACAUCCUGCUGGUCUUUCUACUAUAACAUGUAUGGGAAAGACACAGGCAGUCUGGAAGUUCUGUUAAAUGAGAAUUCUGGUAGUACUACUAGCCUGAGUAAAUUAGAAGGAGAUCAAGGAAUGUAUUGGUUAAGAGAAUCUAUUGAGGUUCAUUCUAAUGGAUAUGAAAUAAUCUUUAAAGGAGUGGUUGGUAACGGUGUAGAAGGGGAUAUCGCUAUCGACUCUGUGGAUGCUGUACAAAAAAGUUGUUUAAGCUGUGACUUUGAAUUGAGUCUAUGUGAUUGGGGAAAUGUGGAAGAUAGUGAUUUUAAUUGGAUCCGAUGGAGAGGAGAGACUAGUACACCAGGAACAGGACCUGAUACAGACCAUACUAAAAGAACACAAGAUGGUUUCUAUGUCUACAUGAACUCUGCUGAACCUCGUGAAGAGGGUCAAGUUGCCAAAUUGAGGAAGACCUUUAUUCCUAGCACUGAAGCUGAAGAUAUGUGUUUUACAUUCUGGUAUAGCAUGGUUGGUCUUGAUAUGGGAACGCUAGAACUCUACAAAGAUGAAAUGGAAGGUGAUAUUGAAGGGGUGAUCUGGAGGCUAAGCGGUCAACAAAGUUCAUCUGGUUGGUUAAAGGCAACAGUACCUUACAGGAAAGCUGCAACGUUUGAAUUCCGAGGCAUUGUUGGUAAUGGCAGUCGAAGCGAUAUUGGGCUUGAUGACCUAAACCCAGUUUCUGGAAGAUGUGAUGUUACACCAGCUGAAGCUAAAGUCGGGGUACCUGUCACGCCAUCCUUGCCCUCUACCAGUGAUAACCCAACAACUCAUCUUAGGACUGAAGAAAUCAAGACAACUUUGCCUCCAACAGAGGGAACCUGUGAUUUUGAGCUUGGGUUCUGUGGAUGGAUACAGGAGCCCUCUACGGAUGAUUUUGAUUGGUCACGUGAUGCAGGUGUUGAUGUUCCCCAUGGCAACGAUAAAUACAAUGAUCAUACUACAGGGACAGACUUAGGUCAUUUCAUCUAUGCUGAUCAGUCCCUUGGUAUAGCAGGACAGAGGGCGCUACUCUACAGCGGUGCCUUGGAUGCCACACCUGUUGGUGACUGUAUGGCAUUCUGGUAUCACUUAGCCAGUACAGAUAGGACAGUAGGAUCUAUUAGGGUAUGGGAAUUGAUUAAUGGAGAACUAGUUGGUCCAUACUGGGAGUCAGGAACGGGUGUUCAGCCUAGCUUCUGGAUGCAAGCUAAGGUCAAUGUCAAAGCAAGCACCACUUUUGAGGUUGUUCUAGAAGCCCAGCUUAGUGAUAGUACCAAUCAGUGGUUAGCUGUUGAUGAUGUCAUUAUUGAUAGCGAACCAUGUCAGCACCCAGGCCUGUGUGAUUUUGAGGAGAAUGAUUUAUGUUAUUGGUCUAAUACAAAGAAUGGAGACAAGUAUGAUUGGGAAUUGAGUAAUGGAACUACCAGUAGUCAAGAUACAGGACCUAGUAAGGACCACACCACUGGCACAGCAAACGGUCACUAUGUAUAUAUAGAUGCUACUGAUUUCAGACAAGCUGAUGACAAUGCCAGGCUUGAAAGUGCAACUCUUCCGGCUGAAGAUUCUUGCUUUAGAUUCUGGUAUCACAUGUACGGAAAAGGAAUGGGAUCUUUGAAUGUCUACACCCAAGAUCAGAUAAACCAAUUAAUGGUGUUGGAAUGGUCUGAGAGUGGUAACCAUGGUGAUCGAUGGAUGGAAGGCGUGGUCUCUCUGUCGAGUAUGAACUCAUUUAAUAUCAUCAUGGAAGCAACCUUUGGUGGUAAUUAUAUUGGAGAUGUUGCAUUAGAUGAUACUUUCAUCACACAGACUGGCCUGUGCAAUGAUACUGGUGUCAUUGGGUGUGACUUUGAGGAUGAUAUAUGUGGAUACACUCAAGAAGAAGAUGAUGAUUUUGAUUGGACGAGACACAAGGGACACACUGUUACCUCUGACACUGGUCCUCCAUUUGAUCAUACAACAGGAACAGUGGAUGGAUAUUAUAUGUACAUAGAAACUUCUGGUGAAAGUGACUUUAGUAAAGCUCGUCUCUCAACACCAUUGGUUCAACCUGCUGCUAGUCAAUGUGUAUUAUUCUGGUAUCAUAUGUACGGCCUAUCAGUAGAUACACUCAAUGUUUAUACCCGUCGCAAUGAUGGGCAAUCCCAACUAAGAUCAGUCUGGACAAUGCAUCAACAGCAGUCUUUUGAUUGGUUACUAGGGUCUAUACAGCUUCAUGAACCUAUUGAAUAUCAGGUGGUCUUUGAAGGAGUAGUUGGACAGCUUUAUUUUGGUGAUAUUGCUCUUGAUGAUAUCAGUAUGUAUGAUGGCCAAUGUCCAGCUACUUCGAUCUGUGAAUUUGAAACACCAAGUAUAUGUGGUUACCGUAACGACAAAUCCGAUGAUUUUGAUUGGAUAAGAUGGUCUGGCUCCACGCCCACAGAUAAUACUGGACCUCGGUAUGAUAUGACGCCUAACGCACAGAAUGGUCACUACAUGUAUAUUGAAGCUGACCCUCCUCGAACGGAAGGUGAUGUGGCUCUUCUGAUUGGUCCACAUAUGUCACAUGACACAGAUACUACAUCCUGCUGGUCCUUCUACUAUAACAUGUAUGGGAAAGACGCAGGCAGUCUGGAAGUUCUGUUAAAUGAGAAUUCUGGUAGUACUACUAGCUUGAGUAAAUUAGAAGGAGAUCAAGGAAUGUAUUGGUUAAGAGAAUCUAUUGAGGUUCAUUCUAAUGGAUAUGAAAUCAUCUUUAAAGGAAUAGUAGGUAACGGUGUAGAGGGAGACAUCGCUAUCGACUCUGUGGAUGCUGUCCAGAAAAGUUGUUUAAGCUGUGACUUUGAAUUGAGUCUUUGUGAUUGGGGAAAUGUGGAAGAUAGUGAUUUUAAUUGGAUCCGAUGGAGAGGAGAGACUAGUACACCAGGAACAGGACCUGAUACAGACCAUACUAAAAGAACACAAGAUGGUUUCUAUGUCUACAUGAACUCUGCUGAACCUCGUGAAGAAGGUCAAGUUGCCAAAUUGAGGAAGACCUUUAUUCCCAGCACUGAUGCUGAAGAUAUGUGUUUUACAUUCUGGUAUAGCAUGGUUGGUCUUGAUAUGGGAACGCUUGAACUCUACAAGGAUGAAUUGGAAGGAGAUAGUGAAGGUGUCAUAUGGAGGCUGAGCGGUCAACAAAGUUCAUCUGGUUGGUUUAAGGCUACAGUGCCUUACAGUAGAGCUGCAAUGUUUGAAUUCCGAGGCAUUGUUGGAAAUGGCAGUCGAAGCGAUAUUGGCCUUGAUGACCUAAACCCUGUUUCUGGAAGAUGUAGUGUCACACCGGCUGAAGCUAGAGUCGGGGUACCUGUCACCCCAUCCUUACCCCCUACAAGUGAUAACCCAACAACUCGUCGUAGGACUGAACAAAUCAAGACAACACUGCCUCCAACAGAGGUGAUGAGAACAGAAGAACCACAGGGAGCUGAAGCGUUAGCUAUAACCCUUGGUGUGAUAGGUGGGAUAGUAGGUGUUAUCCUGAUAGUAAUUGCUUCUUGGUUCAUCACGAAAAGAAGAUCCAGUUCAAAACUUGAAAUAGCAGCCCUCCAUAAUCACAUGGAAAACCCUGCUUAUGACCCAGAUGGGAUAGGAGGAGAUAUUGUAUUAAGAGACAUGGAAAAGAAACCAGUAGACAUAGAGCCACGUUACCAGUCUUUCGCUCCGGUAGUGAAUCCAGAUGAAGGCUUUGAAAAUCCUAUGUAUGCAAGCAUGACGUCACCGGAUCAAUCUAUCAUCUAAUUAAUCAAAAGAUAUACAAAUUUUUCUGAGGUUUAAGUUCCAACUCCUUAAAUUGGCAACAAUGAACAUUAUUUUUUACCCAGUUCUAUGAAAUAUAACGUAAUUCUGAAUGAAUAACAAUUACAAAAUUUCAACUGGAAUUUUCAGCAAGAUUUUGUAUGAUGUUGUUAAUGAUAAGUUUCAAUUAUAAGGUUCAAGUUGCAUUUAUAAUACGACACUGCACUGCACACAGAACUGAAAUGUUAUCAUGUUUCUUUAAUAGUGCAUUUUUCUAUUCAACCAUAUUUCAUAAUGUAGCAGCCAGUGAUCAGAUUUACUUGUUAACAGUAUAGUUCAUUACAUGUAUGUAUGUCAGGAAAAUAUCAACCUCAAGAGGCAUUCCAUGUGAUACAUUUGUUCUUUCAUUUUGUUUUCUUUUUUGCUAAACAUGUUGAAUGAAAAUAUGAAUUAGCAAAUCAAAUUGUAUACGGUAUGAAUUGAAUGUUACUAAAGAGGAUGAACGCUGUAAGAUUAAGAUAUAUAGUUAUAUGAAAGGGAAAAUCUGCCCCAACAAAGGAGUUGACCAGGAAAAAAAAGGUCAUAACACUGAAAUAUUCGUCAUUAUUUGAUGGAAAAUGAAAAUUUACUUCAUUUCAAGUUUUUGUUGUUUUUCACAUGGCAGUGAUAUUUGUAUGAAGGUAGUAUAUUAUAGAGGGAAACGAUAAUAUUAUAUAAUACUUCUUAUUUUAUGAAGAGUUUGUUUGCAAAAGGGGUUAGAUCUACUAUAGACCAUUCCAAGAAAAUAACUUUUGUCCCUCAUUUUCACACUGACCCAGAUGUUUACAUAACUCAUUUGCCUUUCAUCCGAUUUUAAUGACAUUUUAUAGUGGUGCACUUACCCCAUUUUUCUCUGAUCAAAUCAAAUUUGUUUGGGUGGACCCUUGGGAUGGACCUAUAUACCAAUUCUUAUAAUAAUAAUAUAGGGUAUUUAUAUUGUGCACAUAUCCACCUCGUUAGGUGCUCAAGGGCGCUCCUAUAUUACCCGGCUAAGCUAGGCGUUCAUAGCGCACACAGCUUUUUAAGGAAUUACUUCCUACUGGUACCCAUUUACCUCACCUGGGUUGAGUGCAGCACACUGUGGAUCAGUUCCUUGCUGAAGGAAAUUACGCCAUGGCUGGGAUUCAAACCCACGACCCUCUGUUUCAAAGUCCGAAGACUAAUCCACUGGGCCACAACGCUCCACUUAUUGCUAAAAAAAGUGUCAAACUCAUUUAUAAUUAUUGUUAGCAGAAUUAUGUUUCCUUUAAAUAACAUAUGCUAUGGUGGAUUUUCUUAUGAAGCUUAUUGUGAUUAAUAUCUACAUUCCAUAUUUCCUUUUUACCUCAUAAGUUCUUGAAUGUUAAUAAGCUUUGUUAGUAGUAUGUUUACAAAUGCAUAAGAUGUCGGUGGAAUACGUUGUAUUUGUAUAAUGAUAUGGAGUGGUUGUAAGCAAUGACAAUUAUGAGAUGUUAGUUGGUCAUUUGCAUAAUGUGAAUAUCAUUGACUAAAGUGACUAUCACCCUUUGUUUUGGAAGUUAUAUUCAUUAGCUGAAUGAUAGAAAUGUACUUUAACCCUAUCUAGACAGGGGAGAUAUGAGAUCUUGGCCCUCGACCAGUCACCACGCAAAAUAAUUCAAUUGGCAUUCAAAUUGUCUGGGAUGUAAUCUACAAUAUGGUAGAGUAAUUUAUUUCAUAAAAGAUUGAAAUUAAUUGAUGCUAAUGUAUGCAUAAUUGAUAUUUAGAAAAUCAUACUUUUUCCUCUAUCUCCCUAAAUAAAGUUCUUUGCAAAUCAAUUUCUUGUGUAUUACAUGUAUGUUGAUUUUGCAAUAUCUUAUGUAUUUCUUUUUUUUUUUUUUUUCAUUGUUUUUUCAUUGAACUUUGUCGGGGACAUUUUUGAGAUCAUAAACAGCAUAACAUAAAUUCCUUUAUACUAUCAAAAGUCAAAAUAAUCAUACAUUUAUGACUUUUGGUUGAAAACACAAUUUUCAUCGACUUGUACACAAAAUCACAUUUUUGAGUAAUGUUGGGUCUGACAUGCACUUGUGAAAUGUUGCAUAAUUUUGAAAUCGUGUACCCAGGUGUCGCAAAUUUGGUCAGUUCAGUGAGCGGUGCAGUCAAAAAGUUCGUGUGGCGAAAAUAUUGCGCGAAAUGUUGAAGGGGGCCUCUGAGCCCCACAACCCCCCCCCCCCCCCCCGCCUAGAUAGGGUUAAUUCAGACACAUGGAAGAGGUAUAAUUUUGAGCUUUGUGAAAGUUUCAAAUACACACAAAAAAAAUUGUGUUAUGUUACUUCUUUAAAAUGGUAACAAAAAUCAGAAUUUUUGUUGUUGAGAAAUAUACAAGAAAAAGUGUCAAAACAAAUAUCUGAUGAAAUAUUUGUUUAAACCCUUAUAGUCCUAGUACUUUAAAUUACCAUUGGAAAUUAUCAGCAAGGUUUUCGCAAUCAUAAUAAAUUGAUUUUAAUUAUUAAAAAUAGGAUACAGUUAUGCAUUUGGGCUUAAAACAGUCUUUGCAUUUGAUUUGUCCAUGGCUUUCAGCAAGUUUUGUGACAUGCACUUACAAAAUGUUGGUUUAUUUCAGGAACAAGGGGGGGGGGGGCUGUAGGCAUGACUCACAUAAGUUGUAGUCAUGAAGGAGGUAUGCCACACAUACACUGUUAGAAAAAACAGAAGAUUUGACAGAAGAAAAAUUUAAAAAACGAUUUUACAGAAAGAAGUAACAAAAUCAUUCUCUAAAUUGUUAUAACAGGAAAGAUUUAUACAUUUUUUUAAUAUAAUUUUACAGAACAGGUCUGUUUUAAAAAAGGGGAAAACAGUUUUAUUACAAUAAAUUUGUAAGGUUACACACACCAAAUAAUUCUUUUCUGUCAUUUUACAGAAAUGCAUGUAAUAUUACACAGUGCAGUAAGAUUACAGGUGUUCUCGAGACUCUGCUGCAGGAAUUUUUGUUUUUUAAAGUAGAAAUUUUCUAACAGUGUACAAUGUCAUUAGCAAUUAAGGCCUUUUUCUUUUUAAAAGAGUAGUUUUAAAAGUAGCUUUGGUGCAUGGUAGUAUUUGUAAUAUUUUAUUAUGGUUUCUUACAAGAGUUCAUUGUAUUUGAAGGAUACAUGUAUUUCAUGUUUUUGUCAAGGGUUAGUUUUUCAUAUUGAAUUAAUAUCACUUAAUUUUGUUGUAAUAAUUUAUAAUGUUCAUGUUAUUAGGAUUUUCAUGCACUAGCUAAUAAUUGACAUUUUCCUUUGCAGAUUAUUUUAAUUUGAUAUCCUUAUGUUUAUGGUAUGUUGUAGUCUAUUAAAAUAAUAUUAUACCAUGUGUCAAUGUGCCUUCAUUUGUAAGACAAAAACUAUGUGAAAAUUAAUGGAGAUAUCUUAUAUAGAUUACAGAUUAAAAAUAUUAACUUUAUAUAUUA